AUGGAUCGAAACCACGUACUGCUAGCCUCGGAAAAUGCUAAGGCGUCCCCCGUAUGCGACGCGCACCGUCAGCCCCGGGACGGUGUGAGAAAUAUGCAACGGGUACCGUCGGCCCAGCGACGACGGUUAAAGAAGCGAGUUGGAGAGUGGAGAUGUGCCACUUGGAGCAUUGGCACAAUGACUGGAAGGGAGAUAGCAGAGACCAUGAAGCAGAGAAAAGUGAAAAUACUCUGUGUGCAAGAAGUAAGGUGGAGGGGCGGCGGAGUAAGGGAGAUUGGAGACGGUUAUAAGCUGUACUACUCCGGAAGCAGAACUGGAAGAAACGGUGUGGGUAUCAUACUCGAUGAAGAGCUCAAGCAAAGGGUGGUGGAAGUCCAAAGGCCCUCAGACAGGUUGAUGACAAUUAAGGCGCUAGCAGGAAAGAGUCUGAUCAACAUCGUGAGUGGUUACGCUCCACAGAUUGGCUGUGAAGAUCAAGAGAAGGAAGAGUUCAGAGAACAACUUGAACAAAUUGUUAGAGAGAUCCCUGAGGAAGAAGAAAUCAUCCUAGGAGCUGAUCUGAACUGUCAUGUAGGAGAAAGAGCAGGAGGUUAUGAAGCAUGUCAUGGCGGUUUUGGAUACAGACUGAGAAACGAGGAAGGAGAGAAAAUACUAGAGACAUUCGCGAGCUUGGAACUAGUCUUGGUAAACACUGGAUUCAAGAAGAGAGAUGAACAUCUAACAAGAUACCGAAGUGGAGAUAGCAGUUCCCAGAUUGACUUCCUAGUGGUGAGAAAGAGAACCCGUAAAAGGUGA